AUGGCCCGCGCUGGGACCCGGCCCCUUGUAAGCUUCGAGAUGUGGUUUGGAUUUGACGUGUGCGUCCUUCCAGGAGGAGACCUUGCCACAGGAGUUCGUGAGCUCACUAGCGGGAGUAGCGCCUUUGAAGCACGAUCAGCCAGGCGAAGGACAUUAGUUUGCAGUCACCCACGGCCGCUGGGCGCUUGGCUCUGCAAGGCGAUGUUGGGAUGGCUCCUUCUUAUGGUCUGCGCAAGGAUCUCUCAGAUGGCAGAGGCAGGAGGCAUGAAGGAAGUCUUGAAAGGGAUCAGCUAUGGGCCCGCGCCGCUCAAGGCGGCAGGCAGGUUACCCAACGACGAUUUCAUGGCAGACUCUGCCAAGGCGCAGUGGAGUACAUCUGGACGUGGAGAUUUGGCCAUCAUGAAAAAGCUGGGAGCUAAUGCGGUACGGCUGUACGGCAAUGAUCCUCGAGAGGAUCACAAACCAUUCCUGGAUGAAGCGCACAGUCAGGGACUACAGGUAAUACCUGGGAUGAGCGACUAUCCAUACACGCAGAUGCCGAAAAACUGCAUCACGACGGAAUACAACUGCUAUUCGCAGAUCAAAGAGCAGUACAAGAGUAAUCUGGAGAACGGCUUCCUCGACAAAGCCGGCUCGUAUCAUCCCGCCCUAAAGACUAUCAUAGUGAUCAACGAGCCGGACCUGAAGAUUCCAGGGGAGUCGCAGCCCAAAAAGUUCAGCAGGGCGAUCAUAAGCGCUAUCGACGGCAUGCUGGAUGCUGAGAAGGAGGCUGGUGCCAGUGGGAACUUCCCCAACUUCACGGCCACCUUUUCCUUCGGUGUCUGCACGGCUUGUCCGGGAUCGAAGUCGAAGCCCUCACUCGGCCAAAUGCUGGAGCUGCGACGUGCCAUGGAGAAGCCGGAGGACUAUGGCUACACACCGAAGAACGAUCUGGCCAAGAUUUACAGAUCACGGUUCACGAACAGCUUCAACACUAACAACCCCGCGACCGACAUGAAACCACUUUUCCUCGAUGACUAUGAGGCACUGUUUGCAACGACUCCUGUCUUUAUCGGUGAGUAUCAUGCACCGCACGUUCCAGUUGGCCAGGACCUGCAGAAAAUCUUGUCCAUCGCAGAAAGCUCGAGCUUGGCUGGAAUCAGUUUCUUUGAGUACCAGGUUCGCUAUGACAAGGGGGGAUCCGAGAUGGAGUUUGGCAUGUUUGGUUUGGGCGUGCAGAAGAUUGCCAGCAUGGACUUCUUCGGCACGUCCUUCCCUGUGUGGUGCCUGACCGAAGUGGCCGACAAGAAGUCUUCCGGCGUCACUGUUGUUGACGAGCUUGCGAAAGCAUUUGGAGGCCCCGGUAUCAAGGCGAACGAGCUUUGUGUCAUCGAUCCGCAGAAGGUUCCGAUCUCGGAGGAUGGCUACGAAGCUGUUUUGUCUUUGAAGGAUGUUGAAAAGAUGGCAACCUUUGUGUCGCGUGUCGUGGAGCACAUGGGAGGCUCUGUGACAGACAAGAGCCAGUUGCAGAGCUUUGCCAAGAGGUACACAGGAAGCACAGUUGUGGUUGAAACAGCGCGAUUCUUGGCCGCGGCUGGAAACUUCAGCUUCGCCUCCAUGGCCUCGGAUCUCGGUCAGCAUCCAUCUUGGAUCAGCUGGGAUGCAAUGGCUGCCUGUGUUGCCGAUCGAGCUUCAGAUGAGGGCAGUGUGGGACAGGCAAUCAGCUAUGCUUGCGGCAAGCUCCACUCCUUCAACUGUUCAGAAUUACCGGAUAGCUGCACUCAGGACGUAUGGCUGAAGGCGGACUAUGUCCUCAGUUUGUUUUACCUGCGGCAGGUCACCAGCGGAACUCCACUACAGGAUUGCAGCUUCAAUGGUGCUGCAAUGUUCGCACCAGCGUCUACAUACAGAGCUAUUGAUUCGAGGUGUGUCAUCACUAAGGAUGCUGCCACCACGGCUCUCAGCGAGGAAGGCUACCAGACAGUGAUCAGCAGCAACAGCACUGCUCAG